AUUAGUCAUCGGUCUGCAUUUCUAUUUUUUUUUCUUUUUUUUUUUAAAAAAGGAAAGAAAAAAGAAAGUAGAAAAGGGGAUGCCAUUUCCCAUCCAAUCCCCACGCGAUUAGUUGGCUCCUGCCAUAGCGUAUUAUUGCAGCUACUCACCAAUAAUAGGAGGCACAUCAAAGCAGCGAUUGAGCAAAUCUCAAUCGGGGAGGCCAUGGAUCCAGACGCUGUUGCGAAAGCAUUCGUAGACCACUACUACACCACCUUUGAUACCAAUCGGGCCGGCCUUGCUAAUCUCUACCAGGAAACUUCUAUGUUGAGUUUUGAAGGCGUUAAGAUUCAGGGUGCUCAGAGUAUCGUCGGUAAGCUCACCAGUCUCCCUUUCCAGCAGUGCAAGCAUCACAUCAACACCGUCGAUUGUCAGCCUUCUGGUCCUGCCGGCGGUAUGCUCGUCUUUGUCAGCGGUAAUCUUCAACUCCCCGGCGAACAGCAUGCCCUCAAGUUCAGUCAGAUGUUUCAUUUGAUGCCAACACAGCAGGGGAGUUUUUAUGUAUUGAAUGACAUAUUCCGGUUGAACUAUGCAUGAAGGGUACUGGGUUGAAUUAUCUCUUGUUCGUGUUUUCUUGAUUGAACAAAUUUACUGAAUAUAUUCUGAGAGUUUGAAAGGCAUUGCUUCAAAAGACUGGUUUACUGUGGCUUGUUUAGUGAUCAAUGGAUUUGAACUCACAAAUGAGCUCUUCCUUGUCGCUAGAUGUUAUAUGCUUUGAAAAUUGCUGCCUCUAGGUCUCACUCUCUCUGUGUUUGAUCUCUAUGAUAAAUGUUGUCAUUUUCUCUU